AAGGCAGGCGAAACAGCAACAGCAGUGACUAUGAGCAGGGAUCCAAAAAGUCUAAAGAAAUCUCACACUUUUCCAAUUAAAGGUGAACUUUAUAUAUCUUAAUAUAACUCAAGUCUAUUUAUAAUUGUAAAAUGUUAAAACUUUCAUCUGCCAUGGGAACAAGUUACUGGACAGUUGUUUUGUUGAACAAAUGUGCCUGCGUUUUCUAUUUACAUACUUCCUCUCAGUCGGAUCAUUUCUUUAUCCGUCUUCUCCUGUGUGAUUUCUAUCAGCUUUCCUCUUGUAUCGAUACUUAUGUAACUUGAUCAAAAAAGAAAGUAACACAUAAAUAAGUUAUAUUUUAAUAUUUUACUCUACCCCUGUAUUAUGUUUCUUUGAUUUCCGUUUAAAGCACUGUUUCUUUGCAUUUCACUCUCCUUUCCUUUUUUUCUUACCUUACACUCUGUCUUUUUGAAUUUUAUAGUGUUUAUUAUGAUGUUGGAGCUGGAGAUGGCACCAUAAUGAGCUUUUUGUUUCAAUACAGUACUACUAAAGCAUAUCUCUUUUUGCUGUUGUCUCUGGGACCUUUGUUAUUGCAUGUUUGUCAUUUUUUAAAAUGAUUGAAUAAGUCUCUAUUAUCAUUUUUUAUUUCUACAAAGUCACUGUGACUUCCUCAUGGGAAUCCCUGUCAUGCCGGGGAGAGCCAUUUAUGCAACACUCUAUUGUGAGUCAUUUGAAGAUCAUCUCUCACACCAGCAGGGGUCCAUCAUGUUUCUCAAAUAGCAGCUGAAGCAACAGGCUGAGGCAUCCUGGCCAUGAGGCCCAUGAAGGCGACACUCCCCUAUCAGCUGGCCGGCAUCCAGUUCAAGCCUCUGCUGAUUGGUUGGCAUCGAAUUCCACUAAACUCUCAUUGGCUGCUUGAGAAACCAUAUGACAGCAUAUGCAAAUCGUCUCUAUGUGGCAGUUGAAAUCCCUGAGUGCUGAGCAAACCUCUGCACUGAAAGGCAGGAAGAGAACAAGAAGAGAAGCGAAGAGAAGAGGGGAGGAAGAAAAAAGGGGGUGUGACGAGAGCAUGCACUCAUAGAAGAAGCUGCUCGAUAGAUUUCUGCAAGUCAAAAAGGACCGAAAAGUUUUUAAAGUUCUUCUCCCCUUGGAACCGACGGUUUCUUUCAUGAGCGCUACAAGGUAAGGAUCAUUUAAGAGAGAAGUGCGAACUUUUGCAAAAUUGAAGCAUGGGCAGUGAAGCUGAAGAGAGGAUCCAUAGCCACAGGACUCUAGUUCUGAGCGUGUUUCUGAUCCAGGGUCUAAGUUUGAUAAAAGUUGUUGAGCCACAAAAGAACAAGAAGUACAGUUUAUUUUAAAAAGUACAGCAUGUUAUAAAUGGCGUUUUUAUGCUUGUGAAAGUGGUUUUCUUUAUCAGACUAGUUUUAUAAAACUUCUUUUUCCGUAGAACCGCGUUCAGUAGGCUGCGUUCUCAACGUUCUCCUUCUGUCCCCACCUCCCUCCCUCUCUCCCCCUCUUCCUCCCUCAGUGUUCUCAGGUCUUUCAGCCCAUCAGCAAUGCCUGGCCCAGUCAUGCCCAUAGACGUGGCCAUGAGAUUCUACAUCAGCCACUCUCCACCUCCUCUGCGGGGUUUCCUCAGCUCUUAUGAGGACCUGCAGAAGGCCAAGAACCGAGUCAACCAGUCCACCUGCAGCCACAAGCAGCAGCUGUACAAGCCCCUGCGGCCCUGCCUCAGCAACCAGCAGAAGGCUGUGGAAGACAGAGACUGUGAGGGCUGGAACAACAAAGCAGGCAAGAAGAAGGUGGUGUUUGCCGACAUGAAGGGAAUGUCACUCACUGCCAUUCAUGUCUUCUCAAAGUUUGAUGAUGAGCCGUAUCAGAACAAGUGCAGUGUAGGGAUCGUAGAGGACCUGCAGUUUGAUAUGACAGACCUGGAAGCUGCCACAAAGGAUCUAAAGAUCAGCUCAGUGAGAAGUCUUGCUCUGGACUUUAAACAACCCUCAGCAGACUACCUGGAUUUCCGAAACCGCCUGAUUAAAAAUUCAGUGUGCUUGGAAAAUUGUUCACUGCAGGAGCGCUCCCUGACCGGCACCAUCAAGGUCCGAAACAUUGGAUUUGAGAAGUCUGUGCUUCUGCGCGCCACCUUUGACUCAUGGGCCAGCUUCACCGACAUCGAAUGCACGUUCAUGAAUAACGUCUACAGCUGCCAGGACACUGACACCUUUGCGUUCGUCCUAGAGCUGCCCAACCACAUCCCACCAAGUAAUCGGAUUGAGUUCUGCAUCUGCUUCAAAGCCCAGAACCAGAUCUACUGGGACAACAAUGAUGGCCAGAACUAUGGUCUCAAGCGCAUCGGUUGGGACGGAAAGGACCUGAACACUGAGAUGCCCCUAAACUCUGCUGAGCAGAAGAAGCCAUCAGAUCACAAAAACAGUGGUGUGAAGGUGCUGGAGAUGGAGUUUGAUCAAUUUGGCAGCCCACGCAUGUCAAGUGGACUCUUCCCUGGUUGGCAGAGCUGGGGCCAGAUCGAUAGCACUGUGCCCUAUUGGUGAAAGACCAGUGUGUUUGCUGAAAUGGUACUGAAAUAAGAUCACAGACACUGACAGGGCAUUCAGUACAACCCCAGCUGUGGGUUUCGGCUGAGACUGGCCCUCAGCCAGAAGUCUGGCUGAAACAAACAACCUCAGCCUUUUUGGCAGAGGUAGUCCACAAACCAGACAGAAAUCUAACUGUAAAGUGCUCAACUGACCUGCUUUUUGUUGUAACACUUUUUUUGUGACUUGUUUUUUUGGGCCUGAGAGACUUGAUGUUCUGUGGUUAGAGGACGAAGGAUUUGGAUGUUAUACAUAUUCCUCUUUUGUAAAAUACGGAUGUGCCUUGUCAGAGUGCCUGCCCACUGAAACACAGACUAAUUGUAAAAUAUGCACUGAUUGAGAUAUCCCUCUCAAUGUGAGGUCUGUAAACUGAGAAAAAGUGGAAAUGGAGCUGAUUAAGUCCUUCAUAUUGAAGGGAAAGUACAGGGAGUGCAAGGCGACCGAAUGCUUCUCUACUAAAAGAAAUGUAGCUGAUAUAUUUUUAAUAAAUAUGCACACUAAACGUUUGCACCUUCAAAGCGAAAAAAUAAUUAAUCGUGAUUCAAAAUGGCCUUAAUUUUUAAGAUUUGAGUCAUGCAGCCCUUUCUUUCCCCCCAUGUAAAGUGCACAUGUCUAUCAGAUAAAAUAUGUUUGGCUGAUGUAAUUUUGAGGUAAGUGUUGUGAGGAACUGAGCUGCUAUCGACAGAGGUGUUGCAAGAGAGACUCUGAACGUGAUUGGUUGUCUCGAACAGGAGAGAAGUUUGGUAAUUUGUGUGGCUAAGGUAUGUGAGGAAAUUGAGUGAUGUAAAGACUGAAUGUUUUUAUUUGCCUGUUUUCACAAGUGCAAUUCUGUGAUGGGUGUACAGUAUGUGUGGCUGGAAUCAAGACGUCUCGCUGUGAAGAAAGGUCUGUGCCCCAGGAUUUUUGUGUUUCACUUGAAGGUGUGUGUUGUUGACAUGCACUGUGUAAGUCAUGUAUUUCCUUUUCUGAAAUAAAUUUCUAUAUUUGUGCUAAAAUGUA